AUGAACGAGUAUCACUUUGACAGCGACAACGUGCUCAAGUCCGUGAUACGGAACCCGGACGACCACUCGCGGCGCUACGGAAUCAAGACGUACCACGACCUCGAGACGUGCAUCGAAAACCGCGUCGGCACGAUCUGCGCGGUGAUCGACUGGCAGACCAAGUCGUUCAAGAUCGGAGGCAAAUUGGCGUUCCGUAAGACACUGGCGGUGGCUAGACAGUCCCGAGGAGUACGCGGUGCGGUACACCAACUCCACGGAAACCUGGUCGGUUUUGAACAGCGACAAUACCACUCUGGCAGAGCUCCGAUCCUGCAUCGUAUCGUUCUCAACGACCAAGUUCCCCGUGCUCCGCCUCAGCCCCCUCGUGCGGACCGAAGACGAGCGCCUGUUCCUCCUCCUCAUUAUGCUCUACUCCGAAGCGAGACGUCUCGACAGAGAGGCUUGAGUAGCUACGCCUCUGCCUGGGAAGACACCUCAUUCCAUUCCCUUCGUAAUAUCUAUUAUGUUCUCUCUAAUUGCGAUAGCUCGCCUUGGGAUACAUAUAUUCAUUCUAGAUCACACUCCCCUUAUAUGUUCCCUUCUUUCGCUACAUGGUUGCCUUCCAGUUCGAACUGUGUCGUGUCAGGAUCGAAACACCGAGAGUCAGCUUCAAUCUUUGACUGGUUAACCAGACUCAUAAACUUGGCUGGACCAGAGAAUUUGACUGCGCACUCUUUGUACACUCCGCCAACAGCGCCUAGCGGUGCCUGCUUACCCCUACUACGUCCUUCUCUCUCCCUCCUAAGUAGCUGCGGCACGCCCCCAAUGCCGUCCAGCCCCGCUCCCUCAAUGCUCGAGCUCAACUUCGACACGGAGGACGUGCUUAAAUCUGUCGUGCGCAACGUCGGCGACAGCUCGCGGCGGUACGGGAUCGAGACGUACCACGACAUGGAGACGUGCGUCGAGAACCGCGUCGGGACGAUAUGCGCCGUGAUCGACUGGACGCGCAAGUCGUUCAAGAUUGGCGGCAAGAUCGCAGAGGUCAGCAGGCUCAAGCGCAAGGCGGGAAGUUUCUCCAGCACUCGUCUCUGGCGCUGGUCCGAAGGCGAAGAGUACACCGUGCGGUACUCUAAUUCGACCGAGACGUGGUCGAUCACAACUGCGCAAAACGAGACCGUCGCCGAGCUGAGAUCGUGCAUCACGCCACUCUCGGGCCCCGUCGCGCUCCCGGUGCUCCGCAUCAGCUCGCUUGUGCGCAGCGAAGACGAGCGGCUGUUUUUCCUGCUGCUGCUGCUAUACUCUGAGACGAGGCGGCUGGAUCGGGAGGCUUGAAACGCUGGAGCGUUGACUGAGGACUAAUAGAGGCGCAUAUAUCCCGCCGCGAUUCAUGGAUUCAGCUCCAAGUCCGGUUACGGCGCAGUGCACACGUACUUCACGCGCACUAUCCCAGGACGCGCGCAUUGUGGUUUAGGGGUAGCUGGAUAUAUAAUGUAUCUGAUCAGGUGCUUCUUUUGAUGCCGGGAAUCAAUCGAGAUUUCAAAUUGAACAACCUUCCAUCCGGUUCGGUACGGACGA